AUGGUGAUGCCUGUCAAAUCGAGGCAUGAUGUGUUGAUUGGGAGAGAAACCCCAGGCGAACUAAACAUGGUGACUUCCACCCCCCACUCAGCGAUAGGGUUUCCAACCAAGACGGGGGUGGCGAUCAUUUAUGCCAAAAAAGAAGUAACGUCAAUAGAAGAGUUGCGCGCAACAAAAGCGGCGAAGGUUUCGACAACUGAGCCAGAGAAGUGGGUGUUAAACCGUAAGUACCCAGAGCAAACGGUAACAAUAGGCCAUGCCAUUUCGUCAGAUAUCAGAACGCAUCUGAAGCAACUACUGUUCAGGAAUAUGGAUAUUUUCGCCUGGACCCCGGCAGACAUGACCGGUGUCCCGCGCGACAUUACCGAGCAUUGCUUGAACACCUACCCUUCUGUUGAGCCGAAGGUCCAAAGAAGGCGCAGCUUAGGGGCUGACAAAACGAAAGCAAUGAAUGAGCAAGUAUGUGAACUUCUCAAAGCUGGAAUCUUGCGAGAGGUACGUUAUCAAAGUUGGGUCGCAAACCCGGUAAUGGUGGAAAAGUCGAGCGGAGGAUGGCGAAUGUGCGUCGAUUAUACUGAUCUCAACAAGGUAUGCCCUAAAGAUUGCUACUCUUUGCCUGAGAUCGAUAAAAAAAAAAGACUCCUUCGCGCCAUACAGAUGGAAGUGCUUCUUGGAUUGUUACAAGGGAUACCAUCAGGUUCAGAUGAAGCUUGA